AUGAACCCCGUGCUUAUGCUGUUAUGCCAUUUGUCUGGUCUAUUUGGUACUAUUAUCGGUCCUGCUAUUGGAGGCUGCUUCGCAAGACCCGUCGACUCCUUCCCGGAAGUAUUCUCGCGUUCUGGGAUUUUUGGGAAAUUCCCUUAUCUUCUUCCCAAUGUUAUUUGCGCUUUUCUGCAGCUUAUGAGUAUCAUUGCAGGGUAUAUGUUCUUGGAAGGAACUCAUCCUGACCUACUAAGGGGCGCCGCUGCUGUCCAGCAUCCCCACGAUUUUGACGAAUUUGGGGCACCGCUGAGUGCAGUUGCUACGGCAGGCUCUACUGCUCACGCCUCAGCUGAUCUACGAGUAAAGUCAUACGGGACCUUUAAUGACGUCGACAUGCACCAGGACGAAGAAUGGGAUGUUAAACCGGACGGCAAGUCAUACGAAUGUUCUGCCGCCAAAAAAACAAAAGUUUUCACGUACCGCGUAACCAUGCUUGUGAUUGCAUUGGCGAUAUUCACCUAUCAUUCCAUGACUUACGAUCAUCUACUCCCGAUAUUCCUCCAAGAUGAUAGAACCGGAACAGCCUCCAUACUCGGGAAAUAUGUUCUGAAGAUCCCCGGCGGCCUAGGUCUUUCAGUCCAAACAGUCGGAAUGAUCAUGGCUGUUAAUGGUGUAAUCGCGCUUCUAAUCCAAGCCAUAGUCUUUCCACUCCUAGCAGAAUGGCUUGGGGUUUGGAACGUCUUCGCGCUCGUCACCGUUUUGCAUCCAAUCGCAUACUUCAUCGUCCCCUUCCUGACAUCUCUCCCGCAAAAAUUGCUCUUCCCUGGGAUCUACACCUGCUUGACUAUCCGCAACUUCUUCUCCAUCCUGGCCUAUCCAGUCCUGUUAAUCCUCAUCAAACAAGCCUGCCCAUCACAUUCCGUAAUAGGUAAAAUCAACGGCCUCGCCGCUUCCGCUGGUGCAGCGUGUCGAACAAUCGCCCCACCGAUAGCCGGGUAUCUUUACAGCAUUGGCUCGCGAAUCGAGUUCACUGGCCUCGCAUGGUGGGGUAGUGCAAUCGUUGCUAUUGUGGGAGCUUUUCAGCUAUACUUCAUGCAUGGGAAAAAACACACGGCGGUGUCGGUUACGGCGCCAUCUGUCUUUCUUCACCAUCCUCAUCAAGGGGAAGAGGAGGUACCAUUAAUCCCAGAAGUUAUCCAUGUUACUGUACAUGAUAACACUUAG